UCAGGCCGCCUCAGGCCGCCAUGUCCAUGGAGGACCCCUUCUUCGUGGUGAAAGGGGAGGUACAGAAAGCAGUGAAUACUGCCCAGGGCCUGUUCCAGAGGUGGACUGAGCUCCUACAGGAUCCUGCCACAGCCACAAGAGAAGAAGUUGAUUGGACAACAAAUGAACUUAGAAAUAACCUGCGGAGCAUAGAGUGGGAUCUGGAGGAUCUGGAUGAAACCAUCAGCAUAGUCGAAGCCAACCCACGUAAAUUCAACCUCGAUGCUGCUGAACUGGGCGUAAGAAAAGCCUUCAUUACGAACACCCGACAAGUUGUCAGGGAAAUGAAGGAUCAGAUGUCAAGUUCAUCUGUGCAGGCUUUAACUGAAAGAAAAAAUAGACAGGCACUUCUGGGAGAGAGCGGUGGUCCCAACUGGAGCACUGGAACAGAUAAAUAUAGCCGUCUCGAUCGAGAACUGCAGUUAGCCAAUUCACACUUUAUAGAGGAACAGCAGGCACAGCAACAGUUGAUUGUGGAGCAGCAGGAUGAGCAGUUGGAGCUGGUCUCUGGCAGCAUUGGGGUGCUGAAGAACAUGUCACAGCGCAUCGGUGGGGAGCUGGAGGAACAGGCAGUGAUGUUAGAUGACUUCUCUCAUGAGUUGGACAGUACUCAGUCUCGGCUUGACAAUGUGAUGAAGAAACUUGCAAAAGUAUCUCACAUGACCAGCGACCGUCGUCAGUGGUGUGCAAUCAUCAUUCUCUUUGGAAUCUUACUGGUAAUGCUUAUUCUCUUUUUUGUGCUGUGAUGGACGUCCUCCUCAGAUGCUUUAUUCUCCUGUAAGAAAGGGGAGAAAGGAAAAGGCAACACAGUUAAUGUUGCCGUCCACCCACAUUCCUCUUCUAAAAAAGACACCAGUGGACUUAUCAGUCCUUCUCUCUCGUGAGAACUAACACUUCUGGCAGUUGGUCUAUCACGUCAGCUCUUCAGCCCUCAGAGAACAAACUGAGGCUCCACACAGGCCGAAGCUACUGUAUCGAGGAAGUUGUGUGCGGCCACCAGAAGCCCAGAGGACAAGUGACUUACCUUCCCUGGGUCUCCCUCCAGGGUAGAGGGCUCUAGAACGAACACUGAAGAUUCAGCAAAUUUAGAUGACGUUUUGUGAUUGCCAUCCUUCCAUCUGUUGUAAAUGCUAGUCUUCUUGAAACUAACACGUCGGUUGCUUGUUGUACUUCCUCUUCCACCUGCGCAGAGAUGGUCGUGAAAAGGGCAGGAAGUGCAAGAGGAGUACUGAAACAGCAAAUUCCAGAUGGUCGAGGUAAAAAUUACUUUUUCAGACACGUUUUCCCAACUACAGAAAUGACAUAAUUGUGUAAAUACUGAAAGUAAUUGACUUUGGGGCACUAACAAAGGGAAAUGAUGUUUUGACUGUGGGGAGGAAAGAGUGAUGUGAACUUGAGUUCGCACAAUUAGCAAACACCAGGUCAUGCAUCUGGAGGGGGGCAAAGGGGCUGCAGAUUCUUGCUGGCUUGGCUUACUGUCCUGCCUUCACUUCCUGGCACAGAAUUCCUUAGGCUGUGAUUGCCUCUUAGGCACAGAGCUGUAAAAUAGUGCCCGGCUUCUUGAGUUAGUUGUACAACUGCACUCCCCUCCCUGAAAGGAGUUUCGUUGUUUCUAAUUGUUUGCACUCCUGCUGGGGCGGGAGGCUUCAGUUCUACUUCUCUGUCAUUCCAAAAAGGUGAAAAAAUUACGGAACUGAACUGUGACCCCGGGACAGACUUUUUCCUACAGAAAUCGGUAAGCGUCAGGUUAGGUGGUUUUCCUUAUGCUCGUAAAUCGGUUCCCUUACACCUUUUUAUUUGAAUAACUGAGCCAUUCUAAAAUGUAAACUGGCAUUGCUGGGUCAUAUUUAGAUAGGUUAGGGGAACCCUAAAUAAACGACUUUUGAAUACUUUAAAAAUGCCUCAAACAUGCACAUGUAAAUAGGAUAUUUUUAUAACAUUCCCCAAUGAGUAAACAAACGUGGUUUAACAUCAAGGUAGAGAUACAAAUGGUUACGUGGCAUUUCCUGGCCCUCUUGUAAUCCUGGCUCAGUCACUGUUGACUAGCCCAUGUUAAUGUUGAAUUCAUGUAGUCACUAUGGAAGGUUGGAGAUUGUUUUGCAUAACAUUAUUUUUGAAAAGACUAUUAGCCUGGGGGAGGGAAGUGAGGAAAUGAGUGCCUGUAUAUUUGAAAAUGAGAAAUUUAUUGGAAAAAAGUUGGGGGGGGGGGGGGAAAUGAUCAAUUUUUCCCAAUUACUGUCCAGUUUUGUUGAAGCAUUUGAUGAUUGGCCAAGCUUCCGUUCUUCUCUGACUAGGCCCAAAUAAUUGUAGCUAGUGGCCCUCUGAUUGCAGGGACUCGGUAAUACUGUAAGAAAAUCAACUCUCCAGUGGCCCUGUACAUUCUUAGACAAAAGUGCUCUAGGUGGGAGGGUCUUGUUUAAAUCUAGAAGAGUUGACUUUCAUCCUCAUUGAAGUAGACUUCUCGGGGCAGUGCUAGAGUCCGACUACUCACCACAAGAAACAACCAAAACAAUGUCUUAAAUACAGUUCACCUUAUAAAAGUCGUAGUUGAUAACUGUCUCAUUCCUGCAAUCUUUUUCUCAUCGCAUGUGCUGGCAACAACAUCAUGACGAGUUAGUGGGAAGACCUGGAAACAUUUAGUCAUUUUGUGACUAAAUUCAGUAAACAACUUGAUUUUCCAGUUAUAAUGAGAGGUAGAGUAGCUUAUCCUUACUGUACAAUAGCCACUUCGCUCUAGGUUUUCAAUAUGUGGCAUGAACUGCCAAAAAGGCUGUCAUACUAAAGGCAGCAAAAGAACUCAACAAGUCUUGUAGCUUGUCCUUACUGUACAAUAGCCACUCUGCUCCAGGUUUUCAAUGUCUGCCGUGAACUGCCAUAAAGGCCAUCAUACUAAGGGCAGCAAGAGAACCCAACAAAUCUUAAAAGAUUGGGAAGGAGCAGAAUGGGACAAGUCGUCAGCCAGACCUUGGUACUCUUUCUCCAGCCCAAGGCUUGGUGCUACAUGGGAUAGGGAAACUACACAUGGGCUAGUGGGAAAGAAAGAUACCUAGGUGCUAAUUGUAGCUCUGCCACUGGCCUGUCACCCUGGGCAAGUCACGUCACCUCUCUGGGCAUCAACUUCCUUACUGGUAAAAUGGGAUAAGAUCCCUGUUCAUGCUGCUGCUUAGAUUACGGGACUGACCUGUGUAGAUCUCACAGUGAUUAGCACAGAAAAUAUCCCCACAUACCCUUUGUAGAAACUACAGCCAGCCCAAUUGUCAAUUCUGACUUUACCUCAUGGCACAGUAAGUGCCCAAAGGAUGAGAGCUACUAGAGUGAGUCAUUAAGUUCUGCUUCUAUGUUUAGGUUACAGCCAACAGAAUGAGUUGCUAGAAUCCAAUGGAAUGUUCAUGCACUUCCACCCUAGGUUCCCUGCCUGGUCACGGUUAAUUACUAAAAUUUAUCUUUAUCUUUAAGUACAUGUCUUAAUGGGCCUACUGCUCCCACUGGGUUUAUUCAGUGAUGCCUCUGAACAAUUGGUAAUCUGAGUCCAGAGUCAAUCAAGCAGAAGGUAGCUGCCUGCUGAAGGUUUGAGUCUAGAGUGUAACAGGCUCCGGCCCGCGCUCUACCCCCAGUGAGCUGUGCAUGUCAGAAUCUGCCAUUUUCCUCAGAGCCAAGGUCUGAUCAUGCUGUUUAAUGUCUGCGGUCAUCGCUGAGCUAGUUCUAAUUUGUGGAGUCUGAAUGAACUCCUUAGUCACUUCAAAGGAAAAAAAAAAUCCAAGCCGGAGGCCUGCCUAUUUUUAGUUGUUGGGGCAGAUAUUUGUCUCUAAUUAAACGGAUGCUAACAGGUUAUCAAGACACCUAGCCCAGCAGACAUUUUACCUCUUCCACUUGGCGACCGACCUGGUGACAGGAUGACGGCAGCCGAAUUCUCCUCGGGGUCCUUGCCGCCCGCCCUGGGUUGUCUCUGGGGAGACGCCCUCCACAUUUGGACUCCAAACACAAAACAAGGCUUCAGGGGGGAGGAGAAACCGUGUUAAGUAAGGUUUGCCACGGUGUGAAACCAGAAUCACCACCAAGAUAGUUUUAAACUUUUGUGUUGUACACUGUGUCACGGUUGGAAGCUGCUUUGCUUGCACCAGAAGAGAACUAGUUCUAGAGCAAGAGGGAGGAGAAAGAAUCCAGCACUGUGCCAUUCCCUGUUUUCAGGCAGAGAUAAACAGACAGGUGGGGCAGCCAGAAGCCCAUCAGCCUGGCAACCACAGCUCUGCUCCACCCCGGAAGGCCCACAGAGCUGGGCAGACUUGAUUGUCAAUGCUCACCACAAGAAACAACCGAAACAAUGUCUUAAAUAGUUCACCUUCCUUCCUGAGAAAGCACGCCUUUCUCCAUUAAAUGUUUUGCCCUCUGGCUGAAUGGGAUGUCCGUUCCACGAUUGGGGAAUCAGAAGGACAUGGAGACAGACAGGUAUCUGUUCUCUAGAACAGUUCUGUGAAUCGGGUUUGUUUUUUUUUAAGGGGUACUUAAAAUAUUAACAAUGUUGUAGUUUAAAAUGGUGUCUGUCUAGGUUUGAGUCUGGUACAACAGUAUAAAUUCCAUUAGACUUCCAUUAUAAACUUUGUCUUAUACCUGAGAAGGCACUACCUCAAGGUUUCCUUAAUUUACUCUUUCCUUAGUGUUGGUUCUUUCAUUAACAGGGGGAACAAAAGGGUUGAUCUACUCCCAGCCCUAACCCAGGCAGUCACUGGGCAGCAGCCUUGGCUGCAAACAGUAGUUAAGGGAGACAGUACUCACGGAAAAGAACGGCAUGGCAGGCAAAUGGGUGGGCGGCUGGGGCCCCGAGAAUGUGUGUGUGCACAUCUGCAGUAGAGACAGAAUGGCAGGUGGGUUGGCCCUGGAGAGUUGAGGUGGGGCCAUGGCCUGCAAAAAGGAGGAUUGUCUGGUUACUUCUUCUAAAAAGUCUAGGUGCCAUAAAGCAUCGCUCAGUUUGUUGCUGUUGUAUAUUGGGGUAUCGUGUGAGCUCUGAUGCAGGACCCUUGAUGUGGACUAAGUUCUUAUGUAGUUUUGCCCUUAAGAUCACGGCAAGCCCCAGAAUAUGACCAGUCUGAUUAUACAUAGGGAGGAUCUUGGAGCUAGAGAGUUCCAAGUGGGCAACAAUUUUUUUAGUAGAGGGAGGAGAGUAUCUUUUCCCUAGUUUGAAAAACUAGAAACACCAAUUGAGAGCUCGGUCCCUCUUUUUUCCUCCCUCCUCUGGCCCCCUGUCUGAGGGCUUGGUGAGUGUGGGAAUGCUAGUGAGGGCUGAUGCCUACAAACAGGCAGACCAAUGUCCUAUCAACUGUAACCACCACGGGAACCGUGUUCCGCUGCCUCACCGGUCACCAUCGAUGCCUUUCGGUUCACACUGACUUCAUCCACGGGUGAUGUGACACCCUGCAGCUUGGAUUUGGCAGUCAGGGUUUCUCCAUUCCAAAGCAACCCUACCUCAGGGGAGGCCCUACUAUACUCCGUUCUCCUGCCCCGCAUUAAGGAAAACUCCUGUUGUAGUUCUUACCUCGUUUAAUAUUCCCCAAACACCCCGGGUUCUUCCGCUACCAAGUAACGCUGUCUCCCCAUGGGCUCGCAUUGGUGGAAAAAUGCUCCCCAAGCCCCUCCCGCCAUUCUACUCCCUAGGAGCCACAGGGCAGAACUGAGUGUGUUUUCAAGGUGACACCCUGCAUUACGAUUCACAGUUGAGUGUAGCAACUUAAAAGCAUUUCUGUCCUUGUAAAGUUUGUAGAUUUGCAUUAGCAGCAAGUGAAAUGAAGCCGUGAGAGCCUCUCGUGUGGUCCACUUGGUGUUAGCUGUAAAUUGAGGAAACUUCCCUUCCUAGUGGCAAGGUAAGAAAGAUAUCACUUGCUGGGGCUGCCCAUUGAUGCCCGCUGUUUUCCCCCAGCAUGGUGCCCAGAGCCCUCAGCCCACGUGGCCAGCUGCCAAGCAGCAGCUGCUUGUGCUAGGUGGGAAUUCUGCGGCCUGAAUUUUCCACUGUCAGCCAGGAUGUGCAUGAUGGAUGUGUGUUGGGUUAGGGUUUUUUUUUUAAGGUCUGAAUUACACAAUCGUUGAAGCACUUAAAGAUGCUGCCGCCGUAUUCCUGGCGAGAGCACCAAGCCCCGUGGAUCACGUACCAGAUCCCGCCAGCCUCUUUUUCCUCUCUUGGAUGCCAAGCACCUUGCUCUGUUUGGGUCCUGGUAUUUCCUCUGCUGCUCUAUUUGCCCUUGGACAAGGGAAAGACAGCCAAGCUGCCACAAAGAAGCUCUGGAGAAUCAUUUGGAAGGCUGCAAUUACUGCUUUUUAACCUUGAAUGAACUGACUGCUGCCAGCAUUUUCUGAUUCCAGAUGCCAGGCUGAAUUCCCAGGGCUGACUGUCUGGUGGGAAAGGGUGAAAUAGGCAAGCCAGAGUCAUCCCCAGAACUUCUCAGUGCAGCUUGUUUCCCUGACCUGUUCCCUGCCCUGGAAGGAGGGGGCAGAGUGGAAGUUUAUGUUGGCUUCCCGGAACAUCGUUAGGACACGGUCCCAGGACUUUCAUAAAAAAAAGUUUCAGGCAAGCAUGAAUGUCUUCCCUUCCUGAGUGUGCUGACACUGUGUUCAAUGAAGAAAAUGGUCAAACAGUAGGAGUGAAAUGCUGACUGUAUUUUGUGAGGAUCAAAGACACUAAAGCCCCCCACUCUCUUAAAAACAAAGAAGAGGGUGAAGCUGAGAAAAAGAGUGCAGAGAGGGGAAGACUCGGGUGCCUCAUAGGAACCAGCUUACCGUCUGCAGCUGGGGAGAAGUCUCCUCCAGGGGGUGGGCCCCAGGUUAAGUCACGGCAGCCCUCACUCCAGGAAUACAUCAGAUAAUCCAGGGCUUUCAUAUCUGGGAGACAUUAAAAUAAGCAACUGGUGAGUCUGAAAAGUUCUUUCAGAUUAAAGGGAAAUCAUGAGCUCCAAGAGCCAAUUCCAAGGGUGGGUUUUUGUCCCCCUCUGUGACUGGUCUUCAUUUUUGUCUUGAAAUGUUAUCAGCUAAUGUUUCCAACCUGCUGUUGGAAUCUCGUCGCAAUUGUAAAAAUAAGACUGUACAGUAUUAAAGCGAAAUGGAGCUAUU